AUGAACGUCUCCUUGAAUACUACAAAGGACCCCUUAACGCUCAUGGCAAUGUGGGGCUCCAUGAAAAGAUACAAUCCUGAGCAGGGGUUCAGCUUCGAGGGCCCGGAGAAGCGCCUCGAGGUGAUUUUGCGCUGUACACUGGAGACGCACGUGGAUGGUCUGCGCAGCCUCGACGACUCUGUGUGGACCAGGGUGGUCGGCUCGCUUAAUGCGCAGAUUGUGUCGAAGGAGGCGAACGAGUACAUCAACAGCUACGUGCUGACAGAGAGCUCUCUGUUCGUGAUGAAAAGUCGCAUCAUUCUCAUCACAUGCGGCACCACGACACUGCUGAACAGCAUCCCAAACAUCCUAGAAGCAAUCAGCGCGGUGCGUGGUGAGCUGGAGUGGGUCUCCUUCAUGCACAAAAACUACUCGUUUCCGUGGGAGCAGAAGGAGCCUCACACGUCGCUUGCAGACGAAUGUGCAACGCUGAAGCAGCACUUCCCUACUGGUAAGCCUUACAUCUUUGGCCCUGUGGACAGUGACCACUACUUUCUCUUCUGCUACGACGACAUCAUCCGACCCUGCAACUCCGAGGAUGACACCCAGCUCAGCAUGACCAUGUACGGACUGGACAAGGAGCAGACCAAAUACUGGUUUAGCGACCGCUCUAUUUCCACCAACGCGGAGACGGCAGCGAUUCGUUCUGCAACGCAUCUGGACCGCGUCGUGGACAACUCGUGGUCGUUGCAUGACCUCCAGUUCGAGCCGUGCGGCUAUAGCAUUAACGCCAUCCGUGAUGAGGAGUACCAAACGAUCCACAUUACCCCAGAGGACCACUGUUCCUUUGCCUCUUAUGAGACAAACAGCCGAGCGGCAAACUACUCGGACCGGAUGAAGAAGGUGCUCGGCGUAUUCAGGCCGCAGCGGUUCACCGUCAUUGUUUUCCUCGACCCCGAGAGUCCCGUCGGCAGGGCGUACAACGAAGGCAAGGGGAUCGGGGUGGAGCCAGAGUACUACCCAGAGUACAGGGUCCUGCACCGUACCACAAACGAGUUCGCUCCGGGUUACGUUGCUAUGAAGAUUAACUACAUCAAGACGACUGCACUGCAGGAGGCGAAUGCCGCAGUUUGA